GUGCAUUGAAAAACAUUUUGUAGUCCUUUCUACAGGUGUUUGGCAGGAAGAAAAGAGAAAAAAGUUGAAAUGGGUGGCAAAAUGCUAAUUUCAAUAAUGGUGGUCAUAUCAAUCUACCUUGUUCCAAUGACAUAUGCACAAGAUAUGUACGAAACUGGGACUGCUUCAUUCAGGCCAGCCCCUUUUUUUGAUAUGUCAUGCCCUCAGUACAGGAUUAGCGACCUCACUGAUACCAAAGUCACCAUAGCAGGCUACCCUGUAUGGCAAGGGCCCGAAACAUGCGGCAGAAACUACUCUAUAUGUUGCACUGGUUCUGCAAUCGCGGGUGCACCAAACCCUUGCACGAGUGAAUGCGUUGUUGUUAUGGUUGUGGAACAUUGCCUUUUUAUUUUUCCAACUAUAUGCAAGCCUCUCAGCCCUCUACUUGAAAGCACCACCUUCCAACUUUCUCAACAAGCUUUCUCCAUAAUUAGUACAAGUGACAACAAUCCUAACAGUGUUAUCACAAUUAAAUAUAAGAGUGUUUAGUAUUAAGAAAGUUACGGAAGGGGUUGCAGCCUCCAACAUCCGAAAUGAGAAGGAUAUAUUGUAUAAUAUUAAUAUUUGUAUAUUUCCACGACCGAUAUGUUGUACUAGCUAUAUGUGAUGUUUGUGUAAUUAUUAAAUCGAAUAAAUUCAAGGAUCCGUUUUAUGUA